UCUCGGUUCUCAGUGCGGCUGUCAGACGUCUUUCGACCCUUGGGCGCGGUGGCCCUGGGGACCGGUGGCCCUCGGGGCCGGCUCUCCCUGAGCACAGGCCUGGGGGAAGCCCGGGAGCUUUCUUUGGUGUCCUAGCAACCGGGAGCCGGGCGGCGGGCCGGGCCGCUCGAGCGCCGGCCCAAACGGGAGCCGGAACCCAAAGCUCGGAAGCAUCGGGAAGACAUGGCGGACGAGGCGUUGUUUUUGCUGCUCCACAACGAGAUGGUGUCGGGAGUGUACAAGUCCGCUGAGCACGGGGAGGUGGAAAAUGGACGAUGUAUUACUAAGCUGGAAAACAUGGGAUUUCGAGUGGGACAAGGAUUGAUAGAAAGGUUUACAAAAGAUACUGCAAGAUUCAAGGAUGAGUUGGACAUCAUGAAGUUCGUAUGUAAAGAUUUUUGGACUACAGUAUUCAGGAAGCAAAUAGACAAUCUAAGGACAAAUCACCAGGGCAUCUAUGUACUUCAGGACAACAAAUUUCGUCUGCUAACUCAGAUGUCUUCAGGAAAACAGUAUUUAGAACAUGCAUCCAAGUAUCUGGCAUUUACAUGUGGCUUAAUCAGAGGUGGCUUAUCGAAUUUGGGGAUAAAAAGUAUUGUAACAGCAGAAGUGUCUUCAAUGCCUGCCUGUAAAUUUCAAGUGAUGAUACAGAAGCUAUAGAUUAUACUGACAUGCAAGACUUCUGGAUUGUAAAGAGAUAAAUUAUUCAUGUAUAAAGUGUUUUAAGUAAUGCUUUGUUAGAUGUUUGUUCAGAAGUAAGGGUUCACUUUAUCAAUUGAACACAGGCCAAGUUAAAGCAGAGAUAAAGGGUAAUGUGAUAUAAAUGUUACUCAUACUAUUUUAAAUGAAAACCUAAUUUCAAAUAACUAAACACCAAGGCGUAAACUUUAUUUUCAAUAUUUUUUAUUUACUUAGGGUGAUAUAUAUUUAACCACAGACGAAAAGCAAAACUCAGGAUUUGUUGAAUUAGCAUAAAGAAAAACAUGCAGUAAACAGAAUCAUUUCUGUAAGAAUUCCAGAAAUUGGUUAAAGUUGUUUUAGUUAUUUUAAAGAAGCAAACAAUAUAGUAAAUUAAACUUAAUUUUUAAUUUAUUUCUAUUUGAGAACCUUUAUGUCUGUAUAAGUAUGUCAUGUAUACAUGGUGUGUUUGUGUGUAUAUAUAAAUACAUGUGACUGUUAAAAUUGCUUGAAAAUUUAA